GUUUUGAUAAAGGUAGGAUGAGUCACAUCGUAUACUCCAAGACCUAUACGACUCCUCGUCGUCCUUUUGAGAAGGAACGACUUGACAGCGAACUUAAGCUUAUUGGAGAGUUCGGUCUUCGUAACAAAAGAGAAGUAUGGAGGGUUAAGUAUACUCUUGCCAAAAUCAGGAAAGCUGCUCGAGAAUUGCUGACCCUUGAAGACAAGGAUCCCAGACGUCUCUUUGAGGGAAAUGCUAUCCUUAGGCGGCUUGUCAGAAUCGGUGUGCUCGACGAGAACAGAAUGAAGCUCGAUUAUGUCCUGGGUCUCAAGACUGAAGAUUUCCUUGAAAGGCGUCUCCAAACCCAGGUGUUCAAACUAGGACUUGCUAAGAGUAUCCAUCAUGCCCGAGUCCUGAUCAGACAGAAGCAUAUCAGAGUACGAAAACAAGUUGUAAACAUCCCCUCAUUCAUAGUGCGAUUGGACGCUCAGAAACAUAUUGAUAUCGCCAUUAAUUCCGCAUACGGAUCUGGUCGAGAAGGUCGCGUAAAGAGGAAGAGAAUGCGAGCUGGUGAUAAGGGUGCUGCUGAUGCCGAUGAGGAUGAGGAUUAAUCUUUUAAAUUGUCUUUUUAGUUAUAUUUAA